AGCCUCAAGUCACCCUGAUCAUUUUCAUUAGUGUUUGGAGAGAGUGUUCCGUGGAUUUUCGGUAGCUCCGACCUCCGUGUGGACCUCCUAUCCCGUGAAAACUGACUUGAGACUCUCAUAGCCCCGAGCUUGAAGCCGUUGGUCGUGCCACGCCCUUUCUAGUUCGUUCGUGCCUGCCUGUGAACCCGCCCGCUAGACAUGGUGCUCGUCGUGUGAAGCAGGCAGGAAAGAAGCCAUGAGCUCGUCAAAACCCUCCUCGAUCUCCGCUUCAGCAUCCUCGAAGGGUCCGGCGGCGGCCUCGACGUCCGCCUCGGUCUCGCCGCCGCCACCUCCCCUUCAGGUCACGUUCGAUUUGCCCACGGAAGUGACCCAACAGCGGGAUUUGGCGCAGCUCAUCCAAUCGCAGGCCAAGAUCCUGCAGGAGCUGGGCAUCCUCAGUUUACAGAUCCAGGGACAAGAGGUACUGACAGUGGCCCGUCCGUCUCGCGGUCAUGGUUCAUCGUCAGCCUCGACCCGCCUUCACAACUCGGCAUCGUCGGACGCGUCCAAUGCCGCCCAUAAGAACUCGCUCCUCGUGAAUUUGUUGAGCAAUCCCUCCCAAGGAGGCGCUGGAAGUGGUGGGAAUUCAGCAUCCCAUAACCAUCAUCAUCCCCAUCAUCAUCAUCAUCACCACCACCACCAUAAUCGACAGCCUCACCAUCGAAACGAAGAAGGAAGGACGUCUUUAGUAAAUCCAAACACGGGGGAGUUAGAAUCCGGCAACGGCUUCGAUUCCUGGUCACACUCAUCCUCGACUGUGACCGGCUCAACCCCCUCCUCCUCGUCUCUGAAUCAUGGGCGACACGCCGCACUGUCUUCAACUUCCUCCUCCUCCUCCUCCUCCUCCUCCUCAUCUCGAAAUAAUGACGAUGGCAAGAAGGUAAAGCUCAAGUUGCGCCUACCUGUGGAAAAGCGGAAUCUGUCAGGAGGAGGAUCCGGAGCAACGAGUGACCAUAGAGAUGCGGCCGGAAUGAAAACGACUCAUCCAGAGCCCAAACUACCUAAACUGAUUCUCUCCAUGCGGGACAAGACCGUGAAGAUGGCAGCGGCCGCAGCGGCUGCUGCCUCUUCCUCCAAAUCUUCAUCUUCAAUAGCCACGUUGUCGUCUUCAUCAUCAUCGGCAACGACGACAACGACUGCAGUACCAGAAUUAGCAUCAUCCGCUUACCAUCAAGGCCGAUCCUUUUCCUCUUCUUCUUCUUCCUCUGUGGCCCAUCUACCUCCCGAGUCGAGAACCUUGUCUGCGGACAAUGCCUCAACUCUAUCUGGACCAGGAGCGGAAUGCUCCACCACUAACUCGAUGUCGUUGACAGCAUCACUGUCGUCAACUAAGGCUGCUCCCUCGGCAGUGGCCGCUUCCUCUUCUUCGUCAUCUUCUUUAAUUUCAUCGCGUAUAUCCCUCACUUAUGCAUCCUCCUCGGACAGCACCAAAAAAGAUGAUCCCAAUUCUAACAUCCAGUCGGAUUUGGCCUCUGACAUGUCCAAAUCUCAAGUGUCUUCAUUGGCCAAUAAUGAACUACAUUCAGGCCUCGAGGUGACCACCGUCCCAUCGUCCACCUCAGUGACACUCAUCAACCUUCCUUACUCAAACACGUCAUGUGAAGACUCUGGGAUUGAGUCAAAUGACACGCUCUCGGACAAGAGCCCCGGACACAUUUCCGAGCUUGUUCGUGGAGAGGAUUGCCUAUCGAGUCCAUCAAACUACGUGAUGAGCUCCUCGGUGCUCGUGACGAGCAAGAAUAAUGGGAGUGCCAUGAGUAAUGGAAAAUCUCCUCCUGGCAUCUCGGAGCUAGACUCGAAAGCUCCCCUGGCGUUGCUAUUAGCUUCAUCGUCAUCCAGUACCUUUGAAUCCAAGUCCAGUGAGAGUGAGCUCCCUUCCAGUCGCACGGAUGAAAGAAGGUCCACCCCGAAGAUGCAAUCUAGUAAUGAAAAUCACCACUCCCAUCCCCACAAUCGAGCACCAGACAAACUGACCAACGGCGUGUCCUCGUCCUCGUCCUCCCUUAGCAACUGCUCUAGUUCAACAAACAUAGUGUCUCAAUCUCCCUUGAGCGUGGUAAGCACCGGGUCCUCGUCGCCUUCUCCACCGGCCUCGGCUUCGUCACCCUUGACGUCGUCCUCAAUGUAUGCCUCCUCGCAAGUCCAGAAGGUUUCAAAUUCUUCAACUAGCAGUGGUGGGAGUAGCAAUAACAGUAGUGGUGGUGGUGGUGGUGGUAUCAAUAAUAGUGGAGCUAAUUGUGGUGCCGUGACCAGUAUGAGCCAUUCCACCACGACCAACUCAAAGAUGGUCCCCGUGAAGUUAGUCACUGUGUCUGGAGAGGGGAACGUGCGCUUGGUUCGUGUGUCACCCGUAAAAGCGGUCACUGCUGGACAGGCAGCCGAGUCACAGUGCACAAAAACUGUCUUCAUCAAGUCCGUAGCGCCCAAAGUGAAUGGCAGUAUUACAAUCCAGGGUGGAAACCCGAGCACCCAGCACACACCUGCUACAGGUGGAACAAAUGUGGAGGGCCUCGAAUCCCUCGAGAGUGCCUCCACGAAUCAGACCAUAUCCUCGUCAGCUUCUUCCAAAUGUGCGGACCUCUCCUCCCCUACGUCCUCGUCUGCCUCCUUGUCUUCUUCAAAGACCCUGCUUAGUUCAGUGUUGACCAAUGGUGUUGUCCCUACCGAGGAGGGAGGAGAGGGUGGCUCGAGUAGUAGCAUUAUAUGCAAUAGUAGCAGCACCACAACUACUAUAAUGACCCUAGCUCGAAAUGGCGGCCUACCCAAGUCUACGACACUAAGUGAGGUGAAGGCCACCAAACGUCCGGCCCCAUCCGAGUUGCCUUCUACCAUGGGUGUGCCUAACAGUAAAAUGAUCAAAGUGGGCAUCGGGAAUUCGGAGCAAGAUGGUACAGUUAACAAUACUCGUGUGGAUCAUAAUUCCAAAGAUUCAGGAUCUCUAGCACUUUCAAAUUCUACCACAACCAUAGGCGGGAACAGCACAAUAGCAAUCUCAGAAUCAGCCCUCAAAGUCGUCCAAAAAGUCAUGCGUGGAAACCUCCGGUUAGGCUCCAAGUAGUAGCAAGAGCCACUUGACUGAAACUGAAAAAGAUGGUGAUCAAGCGAACCAUCGACACUUCCACCACCAAACUCCGGCCUUCAAUUGGAAACUGACGAAACUGAAUGUGACCCCCCAGCAUUGAUCAGAAGCAGGGGUUAUCGACAUCGGUUGCGACCCCCUGAGCACAUCCGACAUUUUCAAGCAAGCCUUCUUUCUCCUAACUUCAGCUGGAAAUAACCCGUGUUUCAUGCGUGCCGUUCCGUCCAAGACAGCAAUUAGUGCGGCACAGUUUUCCUCCCCAAAGCAACACCCUUCGAUUGAUUUCGGAGGCCCUCUGUUAGGAGAUUGAACCCCAUGGAGAAAUGAACGUGAGUAGAGGAUUUUGGCGUCCUCUCUGAAUGAUGAAACGGGACGAACAACAGAGAAACAAGGAUAGGCACAUCGACGGAAGAGAGCUAGCUAUCCAGAAGACGCAGCAUACCAGUGCAAUUCCCUAUCAAAAUACUUCUCUGAUGUGAUGAUGGUGAUGUUUACAUACAAAUGAUUAUGAGCUUUUCAGCCAUCAUUAUAGGGACUGCGGACAAAUCUAUGUUGUUUUUUUCAGAGGUUAAAUAUAUAUAAAUCUAUAUACAAAACUA